GCCCCCCGCAGGAGGCUGAAAUGGGCCCAACAGCUUUGCUUCUCGCCCUCCGUACCCUUUUUGGCGCAAGGCUGGGUCAAGGGAGGCCCGCGGAAGCGCUUCUGCCUACUUGCUCGCUCGAACGUUCUUUCGGGACUGGUGGCUUUGUCCAGCGUUGAACGGAAUAUCAUUGACGGGUAUGAAGCUCAGCACCGCAUUUGUUGCCAUGGCCAAUGCCGUCAUGGCGUCGGAUCUUCCCGAUGUUCUUCCAGAGCUCAAUAGCUUCAUGGACAUUGCCUGGCCAAAGUGGGAAGUCGACGAUGAUUGUAAUCGCCUGGAGACCAAGCCUUGCUCCGCGGAUUCGUGUGAGUGGAAUCCUUGCUAUGUUACGGCGAUGUACGACGGUCUCCAUCCCGACUACGGCGGCCAUCCAACCGAAAAUGACGUCAAGUAUUAUUUCUAUGCGGCGGCUCCGUUCGACGGCCAGCCCUACGGAGGCACGGCUCAGCACUGCGAGUUGGAUGCGCCUGACGACGUCAAGAAAGUAGACUGUCCCAAAAUCGAGACCUUGACCGACGACGGACCAAAUGGACCAGGCCAUAUCCCCCCUCACAUUGCUCUCUAUUCAUUUAAGUGGGCAGUCGAGGCGAAGCUGUAUGCACUCGGAGACAUGUUCGAAUACGACGACUGGGAAUGUAAGGUAAAUCCGAACAUCCUGCUCAAAAUGAUUCGUCACUACUUCCCGCGGACCGAAGGCGAGAAAGUUGCCUACCCAGCACCCUACACGGAAGCAGGCGGCUCAUAUCCGUACGAAUUUCCAGCAGGCAGGGGAUUGGGAAACCAGACACCGCCUUACGAGCCCGGAUCUGCUCAUUGGUGUACCGAUGAUUUCUUGGCCACGGGAUUACCGACGGCGUUUUGCCCCUACAUUUUUGAAGGCCCCGAUAAAGGCCAGUACCGCCACCCUCACAUUGCAUUCGCUGCGCUCCAGAAUUACCUUGCGAAUCUUGCAAUGCCUGACAAGUGUUCCGAGAUUUGGCUGGAGAACAACCCCGAUUUCCUCAGUUCUGAUCGUAUCACUACCAAGAAGGCCUUCCCGAAGAUGUCAAACGACGACGCUGACAACAAGACGUUUUUGAAUUGGAUUGGCCAGCCUGACCUUCCUUGGUCUUAUGACCCUGGCAGUGCGAAGAACGCCGAGGUGAUGCUUGCUACUGUUACUCGCGGUUACCUGACAUUUGACGGCUCCGUUGGACUCGUGGCCAGUGGAGCCGUUGCUGCCGCCCCACUUGGCGCUGCUUUGAUCGGGUGCGUCAUUUUCCUGGCCGAUUAGGACUGCAACUGCAGUGAAUGGCGCGUGGAAUGGUCGGCAAGUGACUCGGCAAGGACGAUACUCGCUCCUGCCAGUUUUUUUUUUGUUUGACUGAACACUCGCAACGAGAGUGCCUGGGAAUCACAAUACACGGAACUUCAUGUUCCUUGUUAUGAAUUUAGGUUAUCAAGCUUCUUCUUGGCCGGUGCUGUCGCAUUGAUCGCCUUGUCACAUGGCGGGUCAUAUUGCCGCAGCAGUGUUUGACUGCCUCUCAUCCAA